AUGACUAAGGAGUUCUCGAACAAGCUCAAGUUCCGAGUCUCACCCACAUAUCUGUCAGUUCAUGGUAUUGGUUCUGGGCAGUGUGUGUCAACAAAGUUAGUUAGUGCAGGAGUGUCACCGAGGUCACAGAAGAUUUCUCCGUUCGAAGAAGAGAUGCAGUUUUUCGUCCUUCCGAAGCUGACUUCCUCAUUGCCGACCUCCAGCUUCAAUCCAUCGGAAUGGAAACUUCCCAGGACAGCUCUUUUGGCAGAUCCAAACUUCUACGAAGCCGGACCAGUAGAUGUGAUCAUCGGAGCGGAACAUUAUUUGGAUUUACUGGCAGAUGGACAGUUGAAGGUGAUGGAUGAAGGGCCGACUUUGCAGAAUACUGUGUUUGGAUGGAUUGUGUCAGGCCGUGUUCCGGAUUCUUCACUCACCAUACCUCGGUCAUUGGCCCAUGUGUGUUCUACUGCGGAGCUUCAGGAUCAGCUAACCAAGUUCUGGGAAGUUGAAACCUGCCGUACAACCAGCUCACACUCCGUUGAAGAAUCUACUUGCGAAGAGAUUUUCGGGAAGACCACUGUACGCGACGAUUCCGGAAGAUUUGUUGUCACUCUUCCGAAGAAGGACUACCUCAUCGAGAAGCUUGGCGAAUCGAGGUCUACUGCAGUUCGACGACUGUGCAGUUUGCAGCGAAGACUCUCAUUGAAUCCUGAACUUCGGACCCAGUACUUCGAGUUCAUUCAAGAAUACCUGGACAUGGGGCACAUGGUGGAGAUUCUCGAUGAAAAGUGUGAAGGUACUACGUACUACCUGCCUCAUCACGCAGUACUGAAGCCGGAGAGUACAACCACGAAGCUGCGAGUGGUAUUUGAUGCAUCCUGCAAAACAUCAACUGGAGUCUCGUUGAACGAUGCCCUAAUGGUCGGACCCGUCGUACAGGAUGAAUUGAUCAACAUCAAUCUCCGGUUCCGUCUCCAUCGUUACGCUGUCGUUGCGGAUGUGGCGAAGAUGUAUCGCAUGAUAGCAGUCUCCAGUCCAGAUCAGAAACUCCAGAGAAUCGUGUGGACGGGCAAGACAGAUCAAGACAUUCGUACUUUCCAGCUGACUACCGUAACCUACGGAACCGCGUCUGCUCCGUAUCUAGCUACCAGAUGUUUGAUGCAGCUAGCAGAAGAGGGGAAAGAAACCCAUCCAACGGCCGCCGCCGUCCUGAAACAAAACUUCUACGUCGAUGAUAUGUUGUCAGGCGUAGAUGACAUAGAAGAGGGCAAGCAGUUUGUCGAAGAAAUGGUAGACUUAAUGCAGUCCGGAGGUUUCACGCUAAGAAAGUGGAAUUCCAAUUGUGGCGAGAUUUUGCGUCAGGUUCCAGAGCAUUUACGAGACGAUCGGUCCAUUCUCACCCUUGAUUCAGCAGACUCGACUGUUAAAACACUAGGUUUGCAGUGGGAACCACGAAGGGAUGUUUAUCGCUUCAGUACUCCAAGGUGGACACAAUCUGGCGCGAUUACCAAGCGCAUAGUGUUAUCGGACAUUUCUCGACUGUUUGAUCCGUUGGGCAUAAUCGGUCCAGUCAUCGUUCAGGCUAAGCUGAUCGUCCAGGAACUUUGGGAGCGUGAAUGCAGCUGGGAUGCACCGUUAAGUGAAGACAUGACAGAGAAAUGGCUAGAGUAUCGCAGAAACAUGAUAGGGUUGGAUGGUUUCACGGUUCCACGCUGGGUCGGAGUCACAAAUUCAAUGAAGUCUGUUCAACUACACGGCUUCUGCGAUGCAUCAAGGAAAGCAUAUGGUGCAUGCAUUUACGUUAGAACCGUGUCAGAGGAUGGCGAAGUUGACGUACGGUUGUUCACAGCUAAGUCUCGAGUAGCUCCCCUCGAGAAUCUCAAGAAGAAGAAGAAAUGUCUCUCCAUUCCUCGUCUCGAGCUUUCUUCAGCACUAUUACUCGCCCAUCUAUAUGAGAAGGUUGUCGAAAGCAUCCAUCUUACCGUGGAAUCAUAUUUUUGGACUGAUUCUACGAUAGUAAAGUUCUGGCUAGCGUCUGUACCGUCAAGAUGGAAGGAGUUUGUGAGCAAUCGCGUGUCCGAAAUCCAGCAUGUCACCAAGGGCGGUUUGUGGAACCACGUUGCCGGAAUGGAGAAUCCGGCCGACAUAAUUUCGAGGGGAAUGGCACCCCCACAGUUGCAGUAUGAAUCACUUUGGUGGCAUGGACCUCCUUGGCUUCUUCAAGAGCCGACAAAUUGGCCGAUCUUUGAGCCAAGCGCUAACGAGUUACACCCGUCGAUACUGGAGGAGAAGGGAGCUGUCGUUGCAUUAUUGCCAAGCAUUGAGCCUGGUGAGAUCUUCAGCCUACGGUCGUCAUUGACAGAGCUCGUAAAGCUGGUAGCAUACGCACAACGUUUCGGCUUCAACGCAAGAGUGCACAACCGCGAACAUCGAAAGCACGGAUUACUAACGCUCACUGAACGUGAUGAUGCUCUUCGUCUGCUAGUGCGUCUAGCUCAAAAUGAAUCGUUUCCGCAAGAAUACUUGAGCUAUUACAUGGUCGUGAUGUACAAGCAUCCUCUCGAAUUGCUGCACUGA